AUGUUUUUUUUUCUGUGUGUGUGUGCGCGUGUUUUAGAUUGUGGAAGAAGUUUUGUGGGACAUCGUCAACCUAGAAAUUGGACCGAAUUAUACGAGGGAAGAAUAAUUAACGGAAAAAAAAGUUUAAAAGGAGCUUGGCCGUGGCAGGUGUCGUUGCAACUACUUCAUCCUAAAUUUGGCCUAAUUGGACACUGGUGUGGGGCUGUUUUGAUUCGACCAUUGUGGAUAAUUACAGCAGCUCAUUGCAUACACAACGAUUUUUUCAAUUUACCUUUGGCAACGCUUUGGACAGCUGUUUUAGGUGACUGGGAUAGAAAUGUAGAAGAAAAUACAGAAAUACGAGUACCCAUCGAUAGAAUUAUCGUACAUGAAAAAUUCAACAAUUAUCAAAACGAUAUCGCAAUUAUGAAAUUAUCAAAAGCCGUAGAAAUAAGAGCCGUGUGUUUGCCUGAAGAACCAAAGAAAUAUAAACCACAUUUUGACAAAUUUAAUACGACCAAUAGUAAAAAAAACAAACUAACCAGUAAUUCAUCAAUUAACCAUAGGAAAGGGAGAAAAAUUGAAUAUGGGGAAACAAGAUCGAACAAUACCAAUGGAAAAAGUUCUCAUAACAACAAUUUGCAAUACCUGAAAGCUCAAAUUAAAAAAAUAUCUGAAAAAUACAUAAGCACUAGAAAACCAUCAAAAUCUGAUAAUUAUAGUUACCAAAUCAAAAGUCCUACAAAAUGUAUAGCAACUGGAUGGGGAAGAUUUAAAACACAAGGACCGAUAACAUCGACUCUUUUACAAGCUACUGUACCCUUGCAUGAUAAUUCAUUGUGCCAAGCAAAAUAUGGUGAUAGUGUACCUAUCAGAACAGGACAUUUGUGUGCUGGUCGUUUGGAUGGGACAACAGGAACAUGUGUUGGUGAUUCGGGUGGACCACUUCAAUGUAGUUUAAAAGAUGGUCGUUGGGUAUUAGCUGGCAUAACAUCAUUUGGUAGUGGAUGUGCUCAACCGGGAUAUCCAGAUGUAUACACAAGAUUAGCUUUUUAUGUACCUUGGAUAAAUAAACAAAUAAACAAAUAUAGGGAAUGA